AUGAAGCUAAAUAGCUUGCUUUUAUUGCUAUCUCUAUUCAGCUGGGCAUUAGGCCAGAGAUGUGAUAAUCCAAACGGAGAGUGGGCGGAUUACAAGUAUAAGCCGUGUGGCUCCGGUAACACAACUUUCUCAACUUGCUGCCUUCCAGGCGAUCGAUGCUUACCAAAUGGCUUGUGCGAAUGGACGGGGCACUUCCGGUAUCAAGGUGCCUGCUCAAGCGAUGAUAUGAGCGAAUGUCAAUUUGUUUGUGAUCUGAAACCCAAAGGUCUAUUGGUGCAAGUCAACCAAUGCGGAUCAGAUAAAUUCUGUUGCAACUACUUAGAGGAUACACGCGCUGAUUGCUGUGAAACGGAUGCGAAGCGUAUUUCAAUAAAGCCUCCCCCUGCAUCUGCGUCCCAUUCCUCUGGUUCCAGUAAAAAGACGCCUGUGGCAGCUAUAGCUGGUGGAGUAGUUGGAGGAGUUGCUGGUCUGGCUCUGUUAUCAGGUUUGGGAUGGUGGUUCAUGCGUCGAAGGAGACGGGCGCGACAGGAUGGAACUUCAAGCCGUGCAGAUGAAGAACAUAAAGGUCCCCCGAAAAAUGGUCUACAGUCCUCUCGUUCGAUAGCAGAAGCGGAUGCAGGUCCAGAUAGUGUCUUAGUGGAGUCAGAUGCUCAGCCUGUAAAGCCAAAGGUUCUACACGAGCUACAAGCUUAG